GGAACGGAUCCAGCGGUCAGAUGGAUUACAUGACGGACUUCCCCACGAACUACUCGUUUAGUACUUACACAGCAGAAAUGGACGCGAGCGUGGUGGUCAUCCAGUUCAUCUACGCUAUCGUGUGCCUCGUAGGAUUGAUUGGGAACUCAAUGGUCAUAUUUGUCAUCCUGAGAUACGCCAAGAUGAAAACGGCCACCAACAUUUAUAUCCUGAACUUGGCCAUAGCGGACGAGCUGUUUAUGCUCAGUGUGCCUUUCCUGUCAGCCUCGACUGCUUUACAACGCUGGCCCUUUGGCUCCUUGAUGUGCCGCACGGUGCUCAGUGUGGACGGCAUUAACCAGUUCACCAGCGUGUUCUGCCUCACCGUCCUGAGCGUGGACAGGUACAUCGCGGUGGUCCAUCCCAUCAAGGCGGCGAGGUACAGGAGACCCACCAUAGCCAAGAUCAUCAACAUCUGCGUGUGGAUCCUGUCCUUGGUCGUUAUUUUGCCCAUCAUCAUAUUCGCGGGGACCGCACCGAACAAGGACGGUGGCGUGGCGUGCAAUUUCAUCUGGCCCGAGCCCUCCUGGUCAGUGGCUUUUGUCAUCUACACGUUCCUGCUCGGUUUUCUCAUUCCCAUCUUUGCCAUCUGCCUCUGCUACAUCCUGAUGAUCGUGAAGAUGCGAGUGGUCGGCCUGAAGGCGGGGUGGCAGCAGCGCAGAAAGUCCGAGAAGAAGAUCACUCGCAUGGUGCUGAUGGUGGUGACCGUGUUUGUCAUCUGCUGGAUGCCUUUCUACGUGGUGCAGCUUCUGAAUAUCUUCCUCUGGCGUUUGGACACCACAGUCACACACCUGUCCGUCAUCCUGAGCUACGCCAACAGCUGCGCCAACCCCAUCCUGUACGGCUUCCUCUCGGACAACUUUAAGAGGUCUUUUCAGAGGAUUUUGUGCUUUCGGUGGCUGGAGAAUGGCACAGAGGAGCCGGUGGACUACUACGCCACUGCCCUGAAGAGCAGAGUCUGCAAUCCACUGGAGUUUCAGAAGAACACCCUCGCGUCUAACCCCGUUUACAGGAAUGGCACAUGCACCUCCAGAACAACCACGUUAGAAAUAAGGGCACAGAGAUCUUGCUCUAAUACCCCUUGAAAGUAUUUCUGGGG